UCUUUUCUUUUCCUUUUUCUUCAAUUCCACCUCGCAAACAUAUUGUUAAGGAGUAUUAUAAAUUUAUAAUCCUAACCGAACGGCAUAUUCCACUGUCUAAAUCACUGAUGCCCAAAUCAGUUUUCUUAGUAAAAACCGUAUUACCUUCAAACUACAAUAAUACUCACCAGAAUCAUCAACCUUUACUAUGGUCAUCUUCAUAUUUUCUUGAACGUAUAUAUGAUCACCAAACAUAAAAAGAAUUAAGCCAAAAUGGAUCACUUUACAUCAUGGUUGCAUGUAAUCAGUUUCUUGAUUGUUGUACAGAUAGAGUUUUGUACAGGUAAGAUACCAACCACUCUUGAAGGCCCUUUUCAGCCAGUAACUAGAAGAUUUGAUUCCUCACUGCGUAGAGGCAGCGAUGAUUUGCCAAUGGAUCAUCCACGUCUUUUAAAGAAUGUGACAGGAGAUUUUCCUGAGCAGAUAGCAUUGGCUUUAUCUUCUUCAACUUCAAUGUGGGUUUCUUGGGUCACUGGCAAUGCACAGAUUGGUUCCAAUGUAGUUCCUCUGGAUCCUGGUUCUGUGGCUAGUGAAGUCUGGUAUGGGAAAGAAAGUGGAAAGUACACGAGCAAAAAAAAAGGGAAUUCAACUGUUUAUAGUCAGUUGUACCCUUUUGAGGGACUUGUGAAUUAUACUUCUGGAAUCAUUCAUCAUGUCAUAAUUGAUGGUCUUGAACCUGGGACUAAAUACUACUACAAGUGUGGUGAUAGCUCUAUUCCAGCUAUGAGUGAAGAAUAUUUCUUUCAAACUUUACCAUUGCCUAGCCCCUAUUCAUAUCCUCAUCGAAUAGCUGUUAUUGGAGACCUGGGCCUAUCAAGUAAUUCAUCAACUACCAUAGAUCAUUUGGCCACAAAUGAUCCUUCACUGAUUAUAAUGGUGGGAGACCUAACUUAUGCAAAUCAAUACCUCACAACUGGUGGAAAAGGAGUUCCAUGCUUCUCAUGUGCAUUCCCUGAUGCACCUAUUAGAGAGACAUAUCAACCUCGCUGGGAUGGCUGGGGAAGGUUUAUGGAGCCACUGAUAUCAAGAGUUCCUAUGAUGGUAAUUGAAGGGAACCAUGAGAUUGAACCUCAAGUUGCUGGUAUAACUUUCAAAUCAUAUUUGACUAGGUUUGCAGUUCCAUCAGAGGAGUCUGGCUCUAAUAGUAACUUCUACUAUUCUUUUGAUGCUGGUGGCAUACAUUUUAUCAUGUUGGGAGCAUAUGUUGACUACAACACUACUGGUUCUCAGUAUGCUUGGUUGAAGGAAGACUUAAAUCAAGUAGACCGCACUAAGACCCCUUGGCUGGUAGCUGCAUGGCAUCCACCUUGGUAUAAUAGCUAUUCCUCACACUAUCAGGAAUUUGAGUGCAUGAGGCAGGAAAUGGAAGCACUUCUCUAUCAAUACCGUGUUGACAUUGUUUUUUCUGGUCAUGUUCAUGCUUACGAGCGAAUAAAUAGAGUCUAUAAUUAUACAUUGGACCCAUGUGGUCCUGUUUACAUAACAGUCGGAGAUGGCGGAAACAUUGAGCAAGUUGAUGUAGAACAUGCAGAUGACGUUGGAAAAUGUCCUUCAGCUGGAGACAAUAUACCAGAAUUUGGGAAUAUAUGCCGCAUAAAUUUCUCUUCUGGCCCUGCUAAGGGCAAGUUUUGUUGGGACAAGCAACCAGAAUGGAGUGCAUUCAGAGAAAGCAGCUUCGGACAUGGAAUACUUGAGGUUGUGAAUUCUACAUAUGCAUUAUGGACUUGGCACAGAAAUCAGGAUAUAUAUAAGGAUGAUAGCCACGGUGAUCAAAUAUAUAUUGUGCGGCAGCCUGAACUGUGCCUUCUCUCAACAACUUCCAAAUUGAGUGAUAGGGAACUAAUGAGACUCAACUGGGAGGUCUAACAAACGAAUCAGCUGACAGAUUGUCUAAAUGGAUGUGUCUCCCAAUGUUAAUCGCCAUGGUCACUAUCGGUGUCAUCUGAUCAACAUCAUUCUGACUCAACUUUGUACAAUCAAUUGCAAACAGAAACUUAAAGCAAAACAUUUGAAAAAUCAUUUAUUUUAAAAUAUCAGUUCUGAUAUCACGAUGAUUACACAUUCUGAAGUAAUGCAAUUAUUUCUUAUGUUAGAUGAUA